CCAAUGACUCUCACACAUGUAUAGUUCACCUACGGUACGCCAAUCAUCUUCAAACGUCGGACCGCCCAAAUUUGUUCGAGUAAGAUUGAUGCUCAUGUGUUCUCAAGCCCUCAUGAUCAGGUCGAACCCGCCACGCCUUCACAUCGGGUAUCGAUAUAAUUAUGCAUGAAUACAUAACGGAACGCCUAUCAUCGAGCGAUACUCACACCAAUCACUCUCUGUUCUUUUGGACUACUGCUUCCUUGUCCAGAUGGCUUUCCUCGACAUCGACGAAGUUCGCGCUUGCUUCCCAUCCCUCGAAUCAGGGUACAUCUACGCUGAUAAUGCUGGAGGAUCGCAGACCGCUCAAGGAGUCAUCGAUCGGAAUCCUGACUAUUUUGUCAGCGUGAUGGGCACUCAGCGCGUGGAUGAGGGCUCUUUCACCGUUGCAGAGUUGUUUAACGCUGCUUCCAUCGACGAGGUCGGGUUCGGACCGAGUUCGACGAUGAUUUUGGAGAACAUCGCUAGAGCCCUCGAAAAUGAUAUCCAACCCGGAGAUGAAUUUAUUAUUACCUAUGAGCAUGAAGCCAACAACGGACCUUGGACGCGUCUGGCUGAUCGGCGCAACGCCGUGGUCAAAUACUGGAAACCUACGCCUGUGUCUGCGGAAAACCCUUACUCAGUCGCAUACAAGAUCGAAGAACUGUUGCCGCUGGUUUCUUCACGGACCAGGCUGGCCGCCAUCACCGCAUGUUCCAAUAUUUUGGGAUCGUUGAUUCCUGUGGAAGAAGCAGUCAAGGCACUUCGCCAGCGUGCAAAGGAACAGGGUGCAAGAAAGGUCGAAGUGUCUGUUGAUUGUGUUGCGUACGCACCACAUAGAAAAAUGGACGUACGACAGUGGGAUAUCGAUUACUGCGUGUUUUCUUUGUACAAGGUGUACGGGGCUCACAAUGCUGCUUUCUAUGUGCGUUCGGUGGCUCUGAAGACAUCCCUCAAGUCCAUCGCACAUCAUUUCCUGGAGGUGGACGACAAGCCAUAUAAGUUGCAACCCGAUGGUCAAGGCUACGAGCUGGUGUAUGGUGCAACGGCAGUCGUGCCAUAUCUUAAGUCGUUGACCCCAGAAGAUGAUCUUGCAGCGUCUUUCGACGCAAUCGCAAACCACGAGCAAACCCUUCUAGCCCCUUUACUUGGCUUUUUGACGGACGCAAGACAAUUUGACAGGGGUGUUCGGAUUGUGGGGACAAGCGAGAUCGAUCUCUCAAGAGUCACCACUGUUAGCUUUGUCGUCGUCGGACAGAAUGCGAUCAAGAGCAAGGAUAUCGUUGGAGCAUUUGACAAAAAGGGAGAGAUCGGAAUUCGAUACGGCAACUUUUACGCGUAUUCUCUUGUUGACAAUCUACGCCCCAAACUGGACGUGAAUGACGGGGUCGUCCGCAUCUCGCUUGUUCACUAUAACACCGUCGAGGAGGUGGAGAAGAUCGUAGAUGUUUUGAGAGAAGUUUUGGCUUGAGCGAUAGGGAACAUUCUGGAGAUGCAUUUUUCUG